AUGCAGGCAGAGAGGGAAGCUUCCAAGAUUGUCCAAAAAGUCCGUACGAAGCGGGUGAAGGAAGCCCGAGACGAGGCCAAGAAGGAAAUCGAGGCGUACCGCAACUCUAAGGAGGACGAGUUCAAGAAGUUCGAAUCUGAGCACUCCCAAGGAAAUAAAGCAGCCGAGGAUGAGGCGAACAAGGAGGCAGAAGGAAAGAUCAAGGAGAUCCAGGGGGCCGGAAAGAAGAGCCAGGACAAGGUCGUAGCUGAUCUCCUGAAGGCCGUGUUCGAGGUGAAGCCUGUCGCGCCGACUGCCGCAUGA